AAAUGUUAAACAGCUUUCUGAUUGAGAGCUUCACCGGUCAAACAGCUGGAAUGUGGGCUUCUAAAUACAGCAGUGGGCGGGGCACUGACACAAAAAGCUUCAGAGUUCAGAGGUGUGUCAAGUGGGUGGAGGAAGUUCAGGACUUAAAACUCAAGGCACGAAGAAACCUGAAAAAAUUGAACAAUACGUGAAUGAGGUUCUUUAAAACUGUAGUAGGUCCAUAACACUAAUGGAGUGCAGCCAUAUUGUACAUGUAAAAUAAGAGACAGCCUAUUUUUUUAAGAGUAGGAUAAAUAAGAACACGACGUUUCCUUUAUUACGUUUAGCAUCCGUCGUAUAGAUAAUUUUCAGUCAGUUGUGGGACCGAGCUCAGUUUUAUUUUUGCGCAGCGAAUCGGGCGUUGCACGUGUCUUACAUUUUAUUUAUUAAUAUUUAAUUUUUUUUUUUAAUAUGUGCUUUUUUAAUAUAUGGACGUAUUGAAUAAAUAGUGUGGUUUAAAAAUAAAUUACUGCGGUUCCGCAUUAAACCAAAUCCUGUAAUAAAUGUAUGUGUAGUCACGUGGUGUCCUACGUCACAUGUAAACCAGAUCGAAGAUGGCGGCCGCCGGAGGAGAGCCCUCUACUCAGAAUGUGUCGGAUGAAUUAUUUCAGAACUUCUACACGGAGGUGAAGCAGAUUGAGAAGAGAGACUCUGUGUUAACCUCCAAGCAGCAGAUCGACAGACUACUCAGACCUGGAGCAUCGUACUUCAAUCUCAACCCCUUCGAGGUGCUGCAGAUUGAUCCAGAGGCGACAGAUGAUGAAUUGAAGAAAAGAUUUCGGGCGUUGUCCAUUUUGGUCCAUCCAGACAAAAAUCAGGAUGACCCAGACAGAGCACAGAAAGCCUUCGAAGCUGUGGACAAGGCAUACAAACUCCUACUGGAUCCAGAACAGAAGAAGAGAGCAUUAGAUGUGAUCCAUGCAGGAAAGGAAUACGUGGAGCAUAUGGUAAAAGAGAAAAGAAAACAGCUGAAGAAAGACGGCAAACCACAGGACGUUGAGGAGGACGACCCAGAGUUGUUCAAACAAGCGGUGUAUAAACAGACCAUGAAGCUGUUCGCAGAGCUGGAAAUCAAGAGGAAGGAAAGGGAAGCAAAGGAAAUGCAUGAAAGGAAAAGGGCAAGAGAGGAAGAAAUCGAGGCGGCAGAGAAAGCAAAGCGAGAGAGAGAAUGGCAGAAAAACUUUGAGGAAACAAGAGACGGCCGUGUGGACAGCUGGAGGACUUUCCAGGCUAAAGGCAAGAGCAAGGAGAAAAAGAACAGGUCCUUCCUCAAGCCUCCGAAAGUCAAGAUGGAACAAAGGGAAUGAUGCUGUAAAAUUGGACACUUCACUAGAUUCAAAUCCACUGUUGAAAACAACAAAACCCAGUUCUGUGUAUCGUCACCUCGUCGUCUGCAGUCAGCUGUGUAAUCCUCAUCACACAGUCACCGGGAUACGCGUCACACGACAGCUUCCUCAUCCUGACCCUGACAAAACGUAGUUUUGUACUUGGUUUUCUAAAUGUACAUAUUUGUGACCUGGAGCCAGAGAUCAUAACUGUCUCGUGUAAGAAAUGAUGCAUCUUCCACUUAUGUAAUUGAUGAAAAAAAAUGUGGUUUGCCAUUAUUUUUGCUUUUUGUUCUUUUCUUUUUUUUAAACUAAAUAAAGCUUGGUCUUAACAAGCCGA